CGACCCCAAAACCUACGAUAUAUGCUAAUAAAAAAUGAACCAUUCUUUACUUAAUUACGGUAAUAUUUCCCUUUUUUGAAACAAUUCAAUUCUUCAAGCGCUGGCUAUAAAUAUGUUUGGAUUUGUCUCAGGUGUUUAAUGCUUAAAUUAAGAACCAUAAUCUCUCUCUCGAGUUGCAGUUAUAGCCCAAGUCUCCUAGUUCUCUUGCCUUUGAUUCAAAGACCAACUCUUCAACCUUCAACUGUUACAGGCCGUGGCUAUAUUUAGGGACGGACCAGUUCAGGUCUAAGAGGGCAUUGGAAAGAGCAAGGAUAAUAAAGACCUCCAUAAGUUCAUUACUCAACAUGGAGAAAGUCCUAGCUGAAAAUGGAGUGCAAGAAAUCAAGCUACUUGCUGCAAUCAAUGAUGAACAUGAAGGUGUUAUUGUGGAAUUGAGUGAGCCUAUGAGCAAGGAAGUCCUUGCCUUAAUGCUUAAAGCUUCAAUUGCUCAAUGGAGAAAGCAGGGUAAGAGAGGCAUCUGGAUCAAAGUUCCCAUUGAAAUGGCCAAUCUCAUAGAAGUAGUUGUUAAGGAAGGAUUCUGGUAUCAUCAUGCAGAGCCAAAAUACUUGAUGCUCGUGUCCUGGAUCCAAGAAAGCACUCAUACUAUUCCGGCAAAUGCCAGUCACCGUGUGGGUAUAGGUGCAUUUGUCAUGAAUCAAAACAGAGAGGUACUAGUGGUCCAAGAAAAGAACGGAAUAUUUCAAAAGAUGGGUGUCUGGAAGUUUCCCACUGGAGUUGUUGAUGAGGGAGAAGACAUCUGUGAAGCUGCAAUAAGAGAAGUUAAGGAAGAGACGAAUAUUGAUACCGAAUUUGUAGAAAUAUUAGCAUUCAGGCAAAGCCAUAAAGCAUUAUUUGGAAAGUCAGAUAUUUCCUUUUUAUGUCUACUGCAACCCGUCUCCUUCGACAUUCAGAAGCAGGAAUUAGAGAUAGAGGCAGCCCAGUGGAUGCCAUUGGAUGAAUAUUUCUCACAACCAUUUGUCCAGAAAAAUGAACUUUGGAAGUGCAGCUUUGAUAUAUGCUUGACAAAGAUAGAUAAGAGCUAUUCUGGGUUUUCUCCAGUGUCUAUUGCAUCAAAUCUUUCAAAUGAAAAGAGUUACUUCUACUUCAACAAUCGAGACCUGAAAUGGCAGUAAGGUCUAUUUGUCACUUUGUCAGCUCGAUCGUGCAAAUUUGCCAUGGAAAAGAUCGUAGUUUUGCAAUUUUUGAGUUUUCGUAAAACAAUGAAUUAAUGUUGGUAUUUAGAUUCAUUCCUUAGAAAGAAAAAUAAAUAUUGUUAUUAGUGCAUUAUUUGAUUCAUUAUUCUAUUGUAUAAGUUCGGUCAAAUAAAAGUCU